AUGACUGGCAAGUGUCAGACGAGCAACGUGACCAACAAGAAUGACCCACGCUCCAUCAACUCCCGAGUCUUCAUCGGGAACCUGAACACGGCCAUCGUCACCAAGAGUGACAUCGAGGUCAUCUUCGCCAAAUACGGCCGCAUCGUGGGCUGCUCUGUGCACAAGGGCUACGCCUUCGUGCAGUACCUGAGCGAGAGGACCGCACGCGCCGCCGUGGCCGGGGAGAACGCGCGCAUCAUCGCCGGGCAGCCACUGGAUAUCAACAUGGCUGGGGAGCCCAAGCUGUAUCGACCAAAAGCAGGAUCAAAGAGGCCACUCUCUGCUAUAUACAGUGGUUACGAGUUUGACUACGAAUAUUACAGAGAUGAUUUCUACACCAGGGUGUUUGAUUACCCCGGUCGCGUGCCUCCUCCCCGGGCCCUCGUGCCAAUGAAGCGCUCCAGACUGAUGACUCCGCCCACUCGCCGUGGAAAGCCCUCCCUCCCGACAAGACACGCCUCCUCUAGGCCCCCAGGCCCUAGCCCCCUCUCCUGUGGCCCCAAACUGAAGUGUGAGCAGCUGCAGGUGAUUAGGCGUGAGCUGGCGCAGGUGAAGCUGAAGGUGGACUCCCUGCUGGGCCGACUGGAGCGCAUAGAGAGACAGCAACGCCUAGACUCUGAAGUUCAGAGAAAGUACGAGGAGAGCUGCGAUUGGCUGCGCGAGGAGAGCGUGUCAGAGCGAGCCAGCCACUCAGGAGAGGAGGGCUGUGAGGGGGAGGAGCCUGAGGCUGGGGAGAUGACGGACGGGGGAGAGGAAGACUAUGAUGAAGAGGCCAGCAACGACCCGAUGGAGAAUCAUGUGUCAGAUGUUGACAACUAAACUAGGAGGCCAGGACAGAGGAGACAGCAGCAGCAUCUGAGGACACCAAAGGAUCAUGGGAAGGCAAUGUGACGUGAUGACAUCACACUGUGAGGAAUUGAGG